AUGAAAGAAGACCAAACCAUGUUGAUUUGGCGAGAGAUUCCUGGUCUCGAAUUAACAAGAGAAGACCAUUGGUGUAGCAAACGGCUGGGUGCCGGUAAUAAUGCUAGCGGUGGCCGUGGCAGUAAUUUUGCUUGUGUUUCUGUGGCGGAAAAGAGAGAGGAGAGAGAGUUGGUGCCAACCACGGCGCAGCUCCUAAAGCAUCCAUUGGUUUUGCUUGCUUUGGUUCCUAAAGAGGCGGCGUUGUUCACCGCCGGCGCUAUUGCCGGUGUUGCCGCAAAGACCGUCACUGCGCCUCUCGACCGUAUCAAGCUUCUAAUGCAGACCCAUGGAUUCAGAACUGGGGCAGAAAGUGCUAAGAAGAGCAUUGGGUUCAUUGAGGCAUUUACAUCAAUAGGAAAGGAAGAAGGAAUUAAAGGGUACUGGAAAGGCAACCUUCCUCAGGUGUUACGUAUCAUACCUUAUAGUGCGGUCCAGCUGUUUGCUUAUGAAACCUACAAGAAAGUUUUUAGUGGAAAAGAUGGUGAGAUCUCUGUUAUUGGAAGACUAGCGGCAGGUGCUUGUGCUGGCAUGACUAGCACAUUUGUUACAUACCCUCUAGAUGUCCUCAGGUUACGAUUAGCAAUUGAGCCGGGGUACUUAACAAUGACAGAGGUUGCCGUUAACAUGCUGAGAGAGGAAGGAGUUGCAUCCUUCUAUAAUGGUCUUGGACCUUCGCUUACUGCAAUAGCUCCUUACAUUGCUUUGAACUUUUGCGUUUUUGAUUUGGUGAAGAAGUCUUUGCCUGAGAAAUAUCAGAAGAGGACUGAAAUGUCCCUAGCAAUAGCUUUGGUAUCAGCUACAAUUGGCACACUCAUGUGCUAUCCGUUGGACACAGUCAGACGGCAAAUGCAAAUGAAGGGUUCACCUCACAAGACGGUUUUGGAUGCCUUUCCAGGAAUUGUGGCACGUGAUGGCUUUCUUGGAUUGUACAGGGGUUUUGUGCCCACUGCAUUGAAAACUCUACCAAACAGCAGCAUUAGGCUUACCACCUUCGACACUGUUAAACAUCUGAUUUCUGCCAGUGAGAAAGAGUUUCAAAGAAUGAUGGAGGAAAAUCGCAAAAAACACAAGCAGGCUGACUGCUAG